AUGGAAUAUUUCGAACUAGGCGAUCUUCAAACCCAUCUAGGACGACCGUUACCUGAGUGGGAGGCCCAGCACGUUGCUCAUCAACUUCUGGAGGGCCUUGAACAGCUGCGUCUAAAUGGAUUUGCCCACCGAGAUGUAAAACCAGCAAAUAUAUUUGUAGUUAGGAAAGGCCCAGACUGGUGGGCCAAGACUGGCGACUUUGGGAUCAGCAAACGUGUCCAUGAAGGAAGAACAUUCCUUCGAACAGCAGUCGGUGCACUUGGCUUCAUCGCACCUGAGGUCGUUGUAAACCAGGAGUCGGAUUUGCAGUACACGGACAAGGUGGAUAUGCGGUCCCUUGGUGUUUUGGUGCACUACAUGAUCACUGCAACACUUCCAUUCAAUAAGGAGACCGAAUUACGGAGAUGCAUAGAAAACUGUGAUUUCCCGGAAUCGGCUUUGGGGUCUUUGGGUCCGACUGUCGGCAAGUGA